UACGGGUGCCGCACGCAGACAUACUACCUGGGAUAUAAACUUCGCUUACACGCUGUGUUACGAAAAUAACAACAAUGUCAGCUGCCAUAUUUCACCUCUUACAUAGACGCUGUAUAUGCUGGACAAGACAGUAUGAACAACUGUAUAAGAUGCGACAUGUAUGCAAGAAAGGCAGAAGCCUUUCCUCCAAGUCGAGUGAAGAGGUGAAAGUACCUAAGAUUUACACGAAAACUGGAGACAAAGGCUUUUCCAGUACCUUCACAGGCGAGAGGAGGCCAAAGGAGGACGGCAUUUUCGAGGCCUUAGGAGCUACAGACGAACUGUCAUCUGCAAUAGGAUUGGCGAAGGAGUUCUGCAAGGACAAGGGUCACGCAUUCACACAGGAGCUUGAGAAGAUUCAGUGUGUGUUGCAAGAUGUGGGAUCAAAUGUGGCCACCCCUCAUUCCUCAGCCAGAGAGAGCCACAUAGCAAAGACUAAGUUCAAUGCCCAGCCCGUGUCAGACCUGGAGGGCUGGAUAGAUAAGUACACGGGCGAGCUUCCCCCACUGACCAGCUUCAUAUUGCCAUCUGGAGGGAAAAGCAGCGCCUCUCUGCAUGUGGCCAGAGCCGUGUGUCGACGGGCAGAGCGAAGUGUGGCCCCUAUUGUUCGCGAAGGGGAGGCUGAUCCCGAGGUUGCAAAGUUUCUGAACAGACUGAGUGACUACCUGUUCACCCUGGCACGCUAUGCUGCCAUGAAGGAGGGAGAGGCGGAAAGCAUCUACCGGAGACCUCAAUGACAGCAGCUGGGCAGGGCCUGGGCAAAUCCGUGUAAAAUUGUACUUUAUGACAUGCAUUCAUUGCAAUUAUGUUUUUGUUUCAACUGAAACACGCCAUGAUCAAAACCUUUUUUUAUUUUGAUAUACUGUACAUGCAUUUUUUUUAUGUACAUGCAUGGUUUUUUUAAAGACACAACUGAUCAAGGAUUAUUUUGUACUUUGGGAGUACAGUACAUAUGGUGUACAUUAUUUUUUUCAAUUGAAAUACUGAUCAGGGGUCCGUUUCUCGAUUCUUGUCGUUACUAACCGUCUUAAGACCGUCUAAAGACCGUCUUACCGUUCCCUUGGAUUUAGUGGUGAACGUCGCUGUCGAGAGAGAGUUGAGUCGCUCUUACGAAGGACGUUGCUACCAUCGUUAGCAAAGACGCUUUCGAGAUACGGACCCCAGAACCGUUCAUUUAUAGCGUUUGAGGUGUUUCUGUUUCAACUGAAACAAAACCUAAAAGGACUUUUCUUCAUUUAUGGUGUGCAUAAUUUGCAUAUUUGUUUUUGUCUCACCUGAAUCAAACAGAAGCCGAUCGACUUUUUUGUAUUGAAUGUGAAUCUAUUGCAUGCAUCUUUUUUUGGUUAAAAUGAAGCGGCACAAUAAAAGCAGAUAAAUUCA